GUUGAAUCGAACUGUAUAAAUUGCUUGAAUUUCUUUAAUUUGUACAUACACGAAUCCCUUUCUAAUAAACCCAAUCAAGUUGUUUGAUUCUGGACUGGUGGUCAGAGACAUCAGAUGAAUAUUUGGCAGCAGCAUUGCAACAAGCAUCGUUAUUUGUGACGACGUAAGGACAGUUGAUCUAGAACAUUCAAGAAGGUUCUAGGUUGCACUCUGAGGAUAUGAUGAUAACAGAUUUCACAGAUGACGAGACACUUUCACCCCAUGAGCAUUGUGCGACCACGGGUCAUGCGUUCGUGAAGAAGACGUUCCACCGGCCUACCUGGUGUCACUACUGCACUGAGUUGCUUUGGGGACUAACAGGCCAAGGAUUCGUAUGCGAGAUCUGUAACUUCGUGGCUCAUGAACGAUGUUUGCGCACACUAUCGCAGUACUGCUCAAGUAUCAAAGAGCUCUUCUUGGUCCAACCGCAAGCGCAUGCUUUCAUAGACAUUGGAGCAUUCAAGAAGAAAUACUGCUGUGUUUGUAGACGUAGAGUAGAGCAUAGUUGCGACUUGAAGUGCGAAGUAUGCGAGGUGUAUUGUCACUCGGAUUGUCGCGACUUCGCCAUUCGAGAUUGUCGAGUCACUGCGCUGAGUUUCUCUGCCGGGAAUCAACAUGUGCUGAAGCAUCAAUGGCGUGAAGGAAAUUUGUCGGGAAGUGCAAAGUGCGCAGCGUGUCGCAAGUCAUCAGGUCAGCCAGACAUGUUCACGGGAAUGCGCUGUGACUGGUGUCAUAUUUCUGUUCACUCGGCUUGCAUUCGUUCGGUGGAUCAGGAGUGCGAUUUGGGAGUGCUGAGGAACAUAUACUUCCCAAGAGAAGCACUACAGCUGCCAAUCACUAAUCUCUCAAUGGAGGAGAUACUGAGUUGUCUCAACCGUCGAAAGGCGCCUUCAGAUCGACUCCAAAUGGGCGAUAGCAAGACGGAUCAAGACGUCUGUUUCUCCGACGACGGAAUCACGUACUCGGAAUCAAGUAAAACUGAAAGCAGUGCGUUAUCGGCUUCGGCUUGUGCGCCGAGUUUUGCGGGACUGAAUGCUGCAGUGGCGGAUAAAUUGGCUCAAUCGCAUAAUAUGGCAAUGGGUGGCGCUACUCCGGUUAAGCGGAAGGACAAGGCUAAGUUGAGGAGUAAAAGGAAAGAGAGCAGGGAAGCAGCCCACUUCGACGAUGACUUGGACGACUCCGUUGUAGCAGAUGCUGAGGACCCCUACUCGGAUGUGAGGUCUAGUGUGGUUGUGAAGCACCGCUUCUUUCUCUACGACGGCAACCAGUCAUGUGAAGCGCAAACUGUUCGAAUAGUGUCAAUGACCAUUCGAGAAACAGCACUGUAUGCUUGUCUGAAAGCGCUGCAUAUUUGCGACGAUGCCAAAAAGUAUUAUUUCUUGGACGGAAAUAAAAUGGAACCGGACAAACCAGAUCCUCCGGCCCUGGAAGACCAGCAAGUGAUCGAUAUGAUAGAAACGGGAACAAGAGAAGGAUCGCAGCCGACAUUCGUGAUCAGAUACAAGAUAUCCUCUCGAGGGGAGCCGAUUAAAGUGUUUCUGCAAUCUCCAAGACACUCGCCGCGCUUGAAGUACGUCAAAAUCAACCACUCACUGGCUGCAUCUGACAUCAUAGAAAUGGCUCUGCAGAAGUUCGGAAUCACAGAUGAAGACAUCAGCAGCUUCGUGCUCAUUAUGACUUCCAGCGGGCUGGAAGAGCAGUUGCUAGUCAGGGACCAGCUGGUUUGGCCUCUGGUGGAAAAUAGCAUCUUGAGAAACGUGCGAAAUCUUCAAUAUAUUCGGUUCUAUUUGCGAGAAGUUUCUCUCAUAUCCAAGCCAGUGAGGGUAUUUGUCGGCAAUUUACCUCCCAAACUGGCGUCGCGAAAGUACGAGACAUAUGUGACAGAUAUCACCAAAAUAAACCUGUCAAGUCGCGCAUUCAACCCAGUUUACCCCCAGUAUGGAUGCUUAGUUGUGGAGUUUCCAAAUCCUCAAGUAGCCAAAGAAGCAGUACAGAAGCUGAGAGCCACGUCGUUUGAGGACGGCAAACCAAUUGUCGUUCUAGUGCUGCCAAAAGUGGACGUUGAAGCAGCUUUGAGCCCGACUGCAUCCCCGCUACUAGUUUUUGUCAAUGCCAAAUCUGGAGGCUGUCAAGGAGUCAAUCUGCUGACUCAUUUCAGACGUCUCUUGAACCCCUUUCAGGUGUUCGAUCUGGACAACGGAGGUCCAAUACCAGGCCUGGUCCUGUUUGGAACUGUUCCAAAUUACCGCAUACUAGUUUGUGGAGGUGAUGGUUCUAUGGGCUGGGUGCUGAGUUGUCUUGAUGAUGUAGGGCAAGAGUCCAAAUGCAGCUCUCCCCCAAUCGCGAUCCUUCCCCUGGGCACCGGCAAUGAUUUGGCCAGGGUUCUACAGUGGGGUGGCGGGUACACCGGCACUGACGAACCCCUGCAGAUUCUGAAAGCUGUGGACCGUGCGGAUCCCAUUGAUCUUGACCGCUGGACGGUGAUCAUGCAGGGAGACGAGCGGGAAAAACAGAUCUUGACGGACCGGAAGUCGCUGAAGAUGGAGGGGAUUGAUGUCAUCAAUGACGUGGAUUCGAAUGUGCAAAUCAUGAACAACUAUUUCGGAAUAGGAAUCGACGCAGAUAUUUCGUUAGGAUUUCAUAUGAAGCGAGAGGAAAAUCCUUCGAAGUUUAACAACCGGUUACAUAACAAAGCAGUGUACUUCAGAAUUGGAUUGAAGAAACUGUACAAGCCAAAUUUAUUCAAAGACCUGCAUAAUAAUGUCAAGUUAGUAGUCGAUGGUUCCAAUAUACCACUACCUCCCAUAGAAGGAAUAAUCAUUCUUAACAUCGGCAGCUGGAGCGCAGGAGCUGAUCUAUGGGGUGCGGACCGGGAGGACAAAUUCAAGAAACCGUCUCAAUGCGACGGUUUGGUAGAAGUUGUGGGAGUCACAGGAAUUUUCCAUAUGGGUCAAAUCCUCAGCGGGAUUAGAACCGCUUAUAGACUGGCUCAAGGUCACGAUAUCCAGAUAUAUACUCAAACAACGCUGCCAGUUCAGAUGGACGGGGAACCGUGGAUCCAACCUCCGGGUUGUAUAACUGUGACUAGGUCGGCACUGCACGCCACGUUGCUUAAGAAGCACAAGUCCAGCAUGAAGCGGGGCUCCAGGUCGGGCGAAGCGACUUCAGCGGCAGACAGUAUGGCGCCGGAGCCAGCUAGUACUGGAAGCUUCGGGCCGGAAGACGAGGUCUCUGAUGACGACGAUUCGGACAAGUAUGUCGCCCCAAUUCACGGAAUAGCCAACGCUCAGCUCAACCUCACCACGCAACGAUACUAAUAAUAACUAGAUGUAGUUUAAUGGAGACUAAUUAUUUCUAAUCAGCUAUCAGCAGAAAACUCUUUUUUUCUCUUCGAAGUUUAACAUUUGCGACCUCGUCUGUUGCUACUUUUCUAUCAGAUUCAAUUAUUAAUGGCUUUGGUUGGUUUUCCUCUGUGACUAUAAACAAAAUUUGGCAGUAAUUGUGCUGUGCUUUCACCUUGAAAAUCUUUUUGAAUUUUUAUUUAUGAUCUCUCUUCUAUAUGUUGUAAUUUUCUAAUUUCCAUUAACAUCCAUUAAGUUUAGUUAACCAUUUUGCUGCAAGUUAUUUCAUCGUCGUUGAUUUAGUACUUUCUUUGGACAGAAAUUAUUGGGAAAGUUUGUCUUUUACUUAUCAAACACAAUAUUUGAGUCAUAUGCUGCUUUGAUGAAAUAUUUUGAGUCAAUUUAUAAAGUGGGUUAACUCUAUUGAACUGAAUUGCAAUGUUAGAUUGGACUGUAGAUUUUAGAACCUUUUGGGUAUGACUGUGCAGUAAUCUAAUCUAAUCUAAUGAUUGAAUUUAAUAUUUAUUGCCAUAAGUCGCGAUUUGAGAAGAGCUGGACGGUUUGAAGCCAUGUUAGAAGUACAGAAUGUUCCGACCACAGCAAUCAGUGAUU